AUGCCUUUUGGGCAGGUUGUUAUUGGACCUCCCGGUUCGGGAAAAACUACUUAUUGUAAUGGCAUGCAACAAUUCCUUCGCGCUACAGAAAGGAAAGUUUCGGUAGUAAAUCUCGAUCCGGCAAAUGAUUUUUUACCAUAUGAAUGUGCAAUAAAUUUGGCAGAUUUAAUUACCUUAGAAGAAGUUAUGGAAGAGUUUAAAUUAGGUCCAAAUGGAAGUAUGAUGUAUUGUAUGGAAUAUUUGGAAAAAAAUAUUGAUUGGCUUGAAGAAAAGCUUAAAAGCUUAGAAGAUGAUUAUUUUUUAUUCGAUUUUCCUGGUCAAGUUGAGCUUUUCACUCAUCAUGGAUCAGUAAAAAAUAUUAUUGAGAGGUUGCAAAAGUUGGAUUAUAGGCUUGUAACGGUUCAUCUAGUGGAUGCACAUUAUUGUACUGACCCAUCAAAAUAUAUUUCGGCGUUAUUAUUAUCAUUGAAAACAAUGUUACAGAUUGAACUACCUCAUAUAAAUGUACUUUCAAAAAUAGAUAUAAUGGAAUCGUAUGGUAAAUUAGCUUUUAAUUUGGAUUUUUAUACCGAAGUACAAGAUUUGUCAUAUUUAUUAGAGCAUUUGGACUCUGAUCCAUUCGCAAGUAAAUUUAAAGAAUUAAAUAAAGCAUUAUGUGGACUAAUAGAAGACUUUAGUUUAGUUGGAUUUUAUACACUUUGUAUUGAGGAUAAGAAUUCUGUGAUGAACUUAGUAAAAGUAAUAGACAAAGCAAAUGGAUACGUAUUUGGCGGAUUAACACAUGGUAACGAAAGUAUUAUGAUGACUGCAAUGAGUGACAUAAAUAGUCAUUAUGAAAUUAUGGACGUGCAAGAAAGAUGGUUAGAUCAUAAAGAAAUAUGGGAUGAAUGGGAGGCUAAGCAAAGGAAACAACAGAAGAGCCAAUUUAAAAAUGAAUAA